AUUUUUGAGAGUAUGACAAGUAAUAGAUUGCGAAAAAUAAGAGCUUCCACAAACAAUUUGAACAGCGCACGUAGAACGUUCCACAAAUAAGCGAAAGCUUGUGGGGAUGCGCAUCAUACAAAGGCAACAACAAUUAAGUGAGGUGGUGUGUGACAAGUGAGCGCCAAUAUCGUAUAUUUUGCUUUUGCUUUACCUUUUCACUUGUGGGCAUGUCACAAGAGGCGUACUAACAAAUCAGUCAUUCCUACUUUUAUGAGCGCUUCGCCGCCGCAGCGAACUCACAUGAAAACAAAUAAAAGCGUGUGGCUUGCGCUCUUUUAACACCAAAGCAGAUUAUGAGUAGUAUAGAUAGUUAGAUAAAUUCGCCGUAUGCUUUCAAGUUCGGCGAAUUCGCUGUAGAUUACAAUUUACGCUCUUCACUUUGCCGUUUCGAGCAUUUGUAUGUUUGUGCGCUUUGCUUGAUUACCCCACGCGCUCUUCGCCGCAUUUUGCUUUACGAGCGCACGCUCCCAAUCACUCUCUUCGCUGCUGCACACGAGCGCACUUCAUUUUCAAUCAUUCAAUUCCUCUCCACCGCUGCUAUUUCCACUGAUACGACGUCUGUUUACCUUCCAAAGCGCCCGCUACAUAGUUGCUACUCUUUUUCUUCUUCUUCUUCGUAGCUUCUUAAACAACUACCACCGCCGCGCAUGCCAUCGCAUUCAUACACGCGCGCUCUACGCCGCGUGCGCGCUCUUUCGCACAUUUUUAAUGGCACAAUUGUUGCUCUACUCGCAAUGCGCCUGCUUGCACUUGAAACGCGCUAUCCGUUAACAGCGCUACGGCCGUUCUUUCUUUCCUACACUGUCGAGUCAUCCAUCUAGCCAUCCAUCCAUCUGCUGCGUACGCUUGGCUGGUUGAGUUCAGGCUUUUGUUGUUGUUCGUGUGCUAUAGUGCCGUCGUGCUGUGGUGCGCUUGACUCGUACACAUUUCGCAAGCUAUAUACUACACGCAUAGUGUUGUAGUUAUUGCUGCACUGCUGCUUGCUAACCGCUGCCGCUAGCUUGAUAUACUUCAUAGCACUGAGUGCGAGCGCGCUCUGUGCUCGGUGUUAGGGUUUGUAGCUGUGUGUGCGCGAAUGUGUAUGUGUGUUUAUCUGCCUAUCGGAGUGUCGUCGGCAGCGGCUAUUAUUUACCCCCGCCAAGUGUAGUUGCCGUUGUGAUUGACAAGCCCAGUGUGUGUUUGCCUUCGAAACGCGUACAACGUGUGCAGUGUAGAAAGCGAAAUAUAAUAAGCGUAAAUUUCCAAUUCAUUUUGUGUCCAAACAAAAAAUCGCAACAAUAACAAUACGAAAAUUCUACUUUACAAUUGCACAGUCUACAACGGUAACGUGUAACGCGAUUUAACGGUAAAUAAAUAAAUAAUUUUGAAAAUAAUAAAUAACGCGGUAAAAAUCUAUUAAUUUUGUUCAACUUUAAAAACAUAACGGAAUAUAUUUAUUUGAAGAAGAAAAACAAAAACUAUUUUUGCAAAAUAUUUUGCAUAUUUUCGCUACAACUCUCCAAAUUAAAUAAUUUACAAGUGUGUAGCUGUUGCGCGCGCCUUCAAGUGCAUAGAACGCCGCAAAUUAAACGCUGCUGCAUUGCCGUCGCUAGUGGAGCGUCUAGCAUGCAUUAGCAGGACUUUUGCGAGUUGACAGGAUUUCGACGCAGCGGGCGCUCAUAAGACGCACGGCUGGACGGCACAUAGUGCAACGGCAGGCAGACGGGCAGCGUUGUUAGCCAUUUCGUCAGCCGCAGUCAGUUGGUCGGCGGCGUGUAGGUGCGUUCUAAGAAGUGCGCGUUGUGCUGCAGUUUGUGUGUGUUUUCUACUACAGUCGAUUUUCGUGAGUGCAGCAGCAGGUCGCGCCGAGUUAAAUAGGCAAGCAGCCAGUCGAGAGCAGAUAACUUAGCCGCAGAAAACAAAUCAUUUGCUAGUUGCUGCUGCCACUCUACGCGCGAAUGGAAUACAAAACGCAAAUAAAAUCAUAAACAAAAUUAAUUCGAAUUUGAAAGCAUUUCGCGCAAAAUAAAUAAGAAAACUGAAAUUAUGAGCGAAAGUACAUUACAAAUACAAUAAGCCUAAGCGUGUACUACAAUAAAAAAAAAAAAAAUAAUAAUAAAUAAAAUUUUAGCCUAUAUAGAACGGACUAAAAUGUGCUUGCAUUAGAUUUGUGUGUGAAACUUUUAAUUUGCCAUAAACAGUUAUUUAUUUUCUUACAUUAAAUUUUUGCGAAUUCAUCCAAUAGUUGCUGUUGAAAACUGCUUUGAAUCAAAUAUUUUUUGUUGUGUAAACAAAACACAAAAAACGGAGCACUGUAAGCGCCUUUAGCACUUCUAGCCGCCAUGUCAGUUAGUGAAACGCGUCGGUAAUUAAAGUGUGAUAAACGUGAUCCAUGUCGUGAAUGUCGCUGUCGUCGGUGAAAAAUUCGUACAAAAACAACAAAACUGACAAUUUGUGGUGCAGCGCUUUGCGUGAAACUCAAAUUUUACAAUAAAUAUAAUUUGUUUACGCAUUUUUUGUAGCAAAAAAAAAAAAAAACAAAUAACAAAACAAAACACAACCAAUUAUUUACAAACAAAAUAAGAACAAAUUAAGAAGUAGCAGUAUAGAAUUGUUAGAGGACGCAAGAAAAUUCCUACAAAGUUAUAGUCUUGCAAGGAGAGCGUACGAUGUCGAUGAAGCUGUGAUAUUUGUGAGCAUAUACACGCUAACAACAACUACUACUAAGACAAGACGUAGCAAAAAUGCUACUGAUGUACUAAAGGUAUUUUCUAAAAGCAAGCAAGUAAACAACAACAACAAGGGAAGGCGUUAAAAAUUUUACCUACAACACAAAAGCAACUUAACUUUUCCACGGAAACUUUGUAUACGAGCAACUGCAACAAAAACAACGAGUGUUAAACAGAAAAAAAUUAAAAAUAAAGAAAAACAAAGGCGGUAUUGACAAGCCAGCAAAGAAAGCAACAACAAAAAUGUAUUUAUGACAGCUGCAACAAUAUAUGCAAAUAACACAAGAACAACUACAACAACAAUAAGCGGGCAAAAAGGUACGCAAGAGAUUUGCGCUGAAGUCAAAUGUCAAGCCGCUGAGCAACAAAGCAAACCAACAACAACAACCAAUCCCGAAGCAAUCAAGUAUACUAAAACGCAAAAUUAUAUACGAGCACUAAGCGCUAAACCAACAAAACUAAAUAUUAAUUAAUAAAACUAAAUUUAAAGGCAUAUAUAUUGCAAAUACAAAACAAUAUACAAGCAUUGUAUACGAUUUUAAAGCAAAUUUAUUUAAUUAUAAACAACAACAGCAUAAGAGCAAAAGAACAAACUCCGUAAGCAGAAGCAAAGUUAGCAAAAUAGCAAAACCAAAAUAAAAAUAAAAAAAUAAACAGUUAUACACAACAAUCAACUGCAAUAAAUGUAUAAAAAAUAUAGAAAAGAGCGCAAAGCAUAUUUAAAAUAUAAAUAUUAAAGAAUAAAAAUAAAAAUAUUUUACUUGCAACAAAAAUAUAGUAUACGUACGUUCCGUCGCGUUUUAUCGUCGCGUGUGUCGUUCGAGUUAUUUCCUACCACCCACAAAACAAAUAAAUUGCAAACAAAUGUGCCUGUGUUGAAGUAAAAUUGAAAAAUAAUCAGAUUUACAAAAAAAAAAAAAACAGCAGUGUGCACCAAAAAUUUUGCAUGAAGCUCUUGCAAAUUUAGUUGGAGUGUUGUGUGCAGUUUUGCAAAAAUAAAAAUAAAAACUCAAACAAGUCAAAAUAACAAAAUACAAUUUUCAUAAACUACAGUUAGCAGCGCCAAUUAGUGGACUUGCGAGUCGGCCAACAAGCAAAGCCCGCAAUAACAACUACACAGAAAGUGAAAGAACUCGGCAAACGUUGCAUAGCGCGUGCUGCUUGCAAAAGUGGCACUGGUCGGGCUGGACAUCGCUCCCAGAGCAUUAAUGGCUCAACCUAGGUAUGAUGAUGGCCUGCAUGGCUAUGGUAUGGACUCGGGUGCUGCAGCAGCUGCCAUGUACGAUCCACAUGUCGGACAUCGACCGCCCGGAUUACAAGGCCUCCCCACGCAUCAUUCACCGCACAUGACACAUGCUGCUGCGGCGGCGGCAACAGUUGGCAUGCAUGGCUACCACACUGGCGCUGGUGGUCAUGGUACACCUAGUCAUGUAUCACCGGUUGCUAAUCACUUAAUGGGCGCAAUACCCGAAGUACAUAAACGUGAUAAGGAUGCGAUCUAUGAACAUCCACUAUUCCCGCUCUUGGCGCUAAUAUUUGAAAAAUGUGAGCUGGCCACAUGUACGCCCCGAGAACCCGGCGUGCAAGGUGGUGAUGUCUGUUCGUCAGAAUCAUUCAAUGAAGAUAUAGCAAUGUUCAGCAAACAGAUAAGAUCACAGAAACCCUACUACACAGCGGAUCCUGAAGUCGACUCACUGAUGGUGCAAGCAAUACAAGUACUUCGGUUUCACCUUUUAGAGUUAGAAAAAGUGCAUGAAUUAUGCGAUAAUUUCUGUCAUCGAUAUAUCUCAUGUUUAAAGGGUAAAAUGCCAAUAGAUUUAGUGAUUGACGAACGGGACACCACCAAACCACCAGAAGUAGGUUCAGCUAAUGGUGAAGGAAGAAGUAAUGCCGACUCGACAUCGCACACCGAUGGAGCUAGUACACCAGACGUUCGGCCCCCUAGUUCACAAUUGUCAUAUGGUGGCGCCAUGAACGAUGACGCUAGGUCGCCGGGCGCUGGUAGUACACCUGGCCCACUAUCACAACAACCACCUGUCUUAGACACAUCAGACCCUGAUGGUAAGUUCUUAUCAUCACUAAAUCCUUCAGAACUAACAUAUGAUGGUCGAUGGUGUCGAAGAGAAUGGUCAUCACCUGCCGAUGCUAGAAAUGCAGAUCCCUCAAGGCGAUUAUACUCCUCAGUCUUCCUCGGCAGUCCUGACAAUUUCGGCACAAGUGCAAGCGGUGACGCCAGCAAUGCCAGUAUAGGCAGCGGCGAGGGCACAGGCGAAGAGGAUGACGAUGCGAAUGGUAAAAAGAACCAAAAGAAACGUGGCAUUUUCCCGAAAGUAGCAACAAAUAUCUUAAGAGCGUGGCUGUUUCAGCAUUUAACGCAUCCCUACCCCUCCGAGGAUCAGAAAAAACAGUUGGCGCAAGAUACCGGCCUAACGAUACUGCAAGUGAAUAAUUGGUUUAUUAACGCGAGGCGAAGAAUUGUGCAGCCAAUGAUCGACCAAUCGAACCGUGCAGUCUAUACACCACAUCCGGGUCCAUCGCCGUACGGUCAUGACGCCAUGGGCUAUAUGAUGGAUAGUCAAGCGCAUAUGAUGCAUCGUCCACCCGGUGAUCCCGGUUUCCAUCAAGGUUAUCCCCACUAUCCACCCGCCGAGUAUUAUGGCCAGCAUUUGUAAUUAACCGAUGUAGUUGAGAGUCAGGACUAUAGUCAAAGUCAUGGGCAAUCAACUUUGGAGGUGGCAACAGCAACAGAAGUAGCAGCAGCAGCAGCAGCAGCGGCAGCGGCAGCAGCCGCAUUGGUGUCCACACCAACACUAUCAACAUAGCAAAACAACAACAACAAAAAUGUAAACUAAAGUAGUUAAAAUGCAAAAAAAACAACAAAAGCACCAAAAUACUAAAGAAACUAAAAACAAAAAAAAAAAUAUGAAAAUCAGCACACAAUUAUCUCAAACAUGCAAAGAAAAAACACUCGUGCUAGCAAAAAUUGCAUAAUCGUCGAUGAAAACUCAUUUCUCAACCCCACAUCGUAGCGGCAGCUGUACACUACAACAACGCAUGCACAACUACUAUUGCUGCAAAAUGUCUUGUGAAUACAUUAAAUCCCAAAAAAAUAAACAGACGAUACACUCAACUUACAGAACUUUGACUACUACUUCAAAUACGUCAGCAAUCAGCAAUGUACCAGCUUUAUCAACACGCACACAUACACACGUCAACAACUUUGCUUUACUAACGCCUAUCGCCUCAUAGACAUACGUAAUUGGGCUUUAAGCGCCAGCAAAAUUUAUAUCCUUAAAUAUUUUAAAUGUUUUCAUGCAACAAAAAAUUCGUAAAAUUGAACUAGAAACAGCAGUUUUUGUUUAGGCUUUGAAAAAACCUCUUGCCUGGAUAUUUUGCCUCAGAAGUGACUUGGAUUUUUUAAGUGAUUUCUGUGUCUAAGACUAAAUGUGCAGAAAACCGUAACCAAAACUGUACACUGGAGUGCUAAAACAGCAAAAAUAUUAAAACUCACAAACUUGCAGACCACGAAAAAAAAAGUUUGAGUACUUAGAACAAAUUGUAAAUGUAAAUAAGACUUAUGAAAAAUUUGAAGCUGCAAGAACUAUAUAAUUUUCAUAAACUUUAAAAAAAUAUUGAAAAAUAUAAUUGGGUUUAAGAAACGCCGUAAUAAUUUGCUGUAGAAUAUUGAAAAACCAUAAACUAUAUACACUUUCAAAUAAUAUUUAAAACUUUUCCACACCAAAAAGCGCGUUCGAUUUUUUUUUUUGAGCUUUUUAAGAGCUUUCUCACAAGUUUCCACAACAAAAUAUACUGCACAUAUAUUUCUAACUUUCUACUAGCACACAGCAAUGCUUUGUUAUAUAAACGCUGGACAAUUCUUGCGCUUACUGCUUCAACAGCUUCCUACUUUUACCGUUACAUACACCAUAUACUCCACACACACAUGCAGUCAAAGUUCAAAUUUGAGCGUAUUACGCAGAAAGUUGUUGAUCUCCUUAAUAAAUGCGACUUAAAAGCAAGUACACGGUGUAAAAGCAUACAGAUAAAUAUACAUACAUAUAAAAUAAAAUAUAUGGUAACUGAGCAAACAAAACGGACUUAAAUAUACGCAAAAUAAAAUAAAACAAUGAAAAUAUUUAAACAAAUUGUGGCAAUAUCAGUAAAUUUAAAUAGUAAAAAUAUACAUACAUAAUAAAUGACUAAAAGAUAAAAACAAAAAAUAAAACAAUAUAAAUACAAAUAACUACAAGCAUAUGUAUAAAUAGCUACUAAUUCUAAAGUACAUAGUAACAUACAUCCAUACACACUAUUGAAACGAUGAUAUUAUUUUAAAAGCUUGAAAUGCAGCAAACAAAUGCAAAGCGCGGAAAAGGCAAAGAAUAUAUGCAAAAAAAAAACAAAAAAGCAAAAAUAUAAAUAUAGCUUAAAUUAGCAGCAAAUUUCAGAGCACACAAAUUUGCAAAAACAAAAAUGAGAAAAUAAACUUUGUAAAAAUUCAUAAGCAAAUGCGUAAAUUAUUAUGUAAUUAGAAAUAAACCAACUUUAUAUGUUUGAAAGAAAAAAGGCAGAGCAACAUGUAAAGCAAAACAUUUGCAUCGAAUGUGAAAAUGCAAACGAAAACAAAAACAACACUUAACUGCGCACGCGUUGUAAGUUAAACACGCCCACUUUGCAGCUACAAGAAAAAGAGAGCUACACACACUCACAUGCACACCAGAGUCGAAUUUUGCAAACAUUGUUUUUGUUUUUGUUUCUGUCAGUGUAAACGCAAGCGUUUCAGUCUGUGUAAUUGCGAACAAGCCGAAAACAAACACGAAAUUCAAAUAUUACAGCAACAAAGCAUAAGCAAACUACUUAAGGCACGUUAAGUAAAAGGAAAUUAAAUUAAUAUAAAUGAAUGUAUUUGUAAAAAAAAACAACAACUGUAUUUGUAUGUAGAAUAAAAAAUUGUGUGAAAAGUUUAAUAUAUAUGUAUAGAUAUGUAGGCACUACUGACCUAUAAAAUGAGUAUAAAUUUAAAUGGAUUUUUUUUUCAAAUAUAAUUAAGUUGCAAAAAGUGAGUCAGAAGCGUGAAAAACAGAACAAAAUUAAAAGAUAAAUGCUAAAGGAAGUGAGCACAGUAAGAUAUUAAAAAAACUAAACAAAAAAUGCCUUGCACAGAUACACACAUACAAGCACGAGCUGCUAAGUUAAAGUAAAAUUUAAAACAAUAAAAAAAAAAUUGGCAACUAUGUAAAAAAUAAUAAUUUGCGAAGUUCUUAAUUUUUAUUUAAAAGUUUGUUUAAUAGUAUAUAAAAAUUUUUUUUAUUAAAAUUUUACAAAAUUUUUUUUAACAAAAAUUGAGUUAAAAAUUUUUUAUUACCAAAAUUUGACUUAAACCAAAUUUUUUUUAUACAAUAAUUGAGUUAAACACUUUUUUUUACCAAAAUUUAAUCAAAACAAUUUUUUUUUUCCAAAAACUGAGUUAACAAAAAUUUAAUUUUACACAAAAAAAUUUUGAAUUCACAAAAAAUUGUUCAAAUUUUGUAUUUUAACCAAAAAAUAGACAUUUUAGUGUAGCUUCUUAAUUGUUGAUGUUUGCUUUACAAUCUCACAAUGCAAAAAGGCGAAGCAUUCUUAAGCGCAAGCGUUAAAUUAAAUGAGAGAAAAAUGUUAUGUACUAUAAAGUAAUAUGUAUUUAAAGGAACAAAAGAAAUUUUAGUUUUAUUUUAAAUUUAGUUAGUAUUAAAGCUUAAUUUUAGUUGUAGUUGAAUUCGCUUAUGAUGGUCUAUAACAAAAACAAAAAAGCAACAAAAACAACCCUUGAAUUUCAAGUAUGUGAGAAAAACAAAAUAACUGAUAUUUGUUUAAUCAUUUGAGAGAGAAAGAAAGAAAGAAAGAGAGAAAGAGUAUCCACAAUCUUGCUUUAUAAUGUUUAAUAUAACAGUUAUGUAUGUAAAUUAAAUUACAUUUAAAUUUUUAGUUUAAGCACAAUAAGUUUGUUUGCGUAACCUACUAAGCCACUACUUUAUUAUAAUCCUUGUCCUUGCCUCCCGACGCCUUCCACUUAUAACCCUAGCAGCCCCAAACAUUGGCAGCUCAAGUUUCAAGCGCAGCUAAGAAAAUAUGCGUUUUUCUAAUGUAAAAUAUAUUUCUAAAAAAAUUUAAAUUUUAUUAUGUUUGGUAAAAAUAAAUAUUUUUCAUUAUGUUUUUUUGAAAACACGCAAAAAAAAAACAAUAACGAAUUUUGCACUUGUAAAAAAUUAUUUAUAUACAUACACACACACAUAGAAAUAUAUGUAUAAACGUACAUGAAUAUGUAUUUCAGUAAUAAUUUAGCAGUUAUUUCAAUUGCUUUAAUUUAAUUACUGUUAUUACUUUGAUUGUAAUGAUAACUGUCACUUCUCUUUGUAUGUAGCAUUGUUUGUUUUACUUUAUAGCAAGAAAAAUAUAAUAAUUUUAAAAAAGAAAGUUAAGUGAAUACAUG